AUUAUAGAGUUCGUUCAACUUCAUUUUGCAGUCGCAAACAGUCGGUCAUACACGAAAACAGCUGCUGGGACAGGUAAAAAGGAAAACAAAGAAUGGCUCAGGUGUGGUUUACAACAUCAAUCGUCGGUUUUCUAUGCUGUUUGUCGGUUCUGAGCGCGUGUAUCUGGGACCCAGACACGGAAAUCAACCAGGGUCUGGAUCCGAAGUCUUUUAAUGACAACGCGCCUUACCUGACCCACCUGUCGGAGAUCAUGAACGUCGAGCAGUGCCAGCGGGCUUGCUGUGAGAGGGAAGACUGCCAGCUUGCCUUAAUCGGAAAAACAGCUGACGGCCCGCAAGAAUGUAACCUUGUUAACUGUAUGAAGGACGGCAAAGACGUGUGUGUUUUGAGCCAGACCACACAGUUCCAGGUGUACCGCAAGAUCGCGGAGACCACCAAAGGGCAAAAAAAUCAGGCGGAAGUUCGGACUCUGAACACCACAGAUCACUGUCGUUUCCCAAGUGCGGUUGGGAAUUGUCGUGCUGCCUUCCCAAGGUUUUUCUACGAUAUCACUGAUCAGACCUGCAAGUCUUUCAUCUAUGGUGGCUGUGGGGGAAACGAAAAUAACUUUUACUCCCAGGCGGAAUGUGAGGCGUCCUGUCUUGGGGUGAAGGGUGCUGUUGAGGACGCCCGUUCUGUCUCUCCGCGCAGCCGAAUGUCUGGACCUGAAAUCAAGAAUGAUGUUGAUCCCAAGGCUCUUACUGAAAUGACAUCAGAGGAAUUCCAAGAGAAGUGUCAGUCUCCUGCAGUGACUGGAAAUUGCAGAGCCUCCAUUAAGCGCUUUUACUACAACAAUGGAGUCUGUCAACAGUUCAUCUAUGGAGGCUGCGGUGGCAACAAGAACAAUUAUGAAUCUGAGGAUUCAUGCAUGACAGCCUGCACAGUGAAGAUCAUUCCCAAAGAACAGGAGGGCCCUGUCAUUCCAGCUAUUCCAAAAAGUGCCCACAGCUUUGAAGAGAAAUGUGUUGUGCCAUCUGACUCGGGGCCGUGCCGUGCAUCCUUUCGUAUGUUUUUCUUCGAGGCCAGCAGUCAGUCCUGUCAGCCUUUCAUCUAUGGAGGCUGUAGGGGAAACCUGAACCGCUAUGGCAGUGAAGAAGAGUGCAUGUCUGUUUGCUCCACCAAAGACGGUCGUUUUGAUGAACAUGGACAUGAGAAACAUAGGCGCUGGACUCCGGCAUUCUUCCUAGUUGCCACACUGGCCAUCAUGUCUGCCCUACUGCUAGUGGGUCUGAUCCUGAUCGUAGUGCGCAGAAACUCCCACCCACACUUCAGGAUUCUGGAUGAUAAGGAGGAGUUGCUGCCAGCAGAGGAGCCUGUGUCUUAUGAGAAACUACCCAAAGAAAUCUAAAACCUUUCACGGUCGGGUUCAAAACACUCCAAGUUUCAGCUCACUUUAAAUUAGCAACAGUUUAAGUUCAAUUGGAGUACAUUUUCCCACAAAUAUGCUCCAAAUGAGUAAUAUUUACUUUAAAAAGUGUGCGUAACUGAGAUGCUGUUUCACUGUUGCUCAGAUUUGUAUACUGUUUUAAUUCUGCACUAACGUUUGAGUUGGCUGUUACCUUGUUUGUCACUUUUUUAGGGUUAUUAUAUCAACAGUAAUUUCACUUUCAGGGAUCUAUUUAUUAUCACAGCCUCGAGCAAAGAGAAUUAAACUAAUAAAGGGAUUUUCCUUGACUUUUGUAUAUGUAAACAUUUAAAUUUUACAACUGAUAGAGGAGUUGAUUAUCUAUAGGCUUGUGACACAUUUUUAAUGAUCUCUAGUUUAAAAGUUCAGUAAUUAAAAUAUUUUAUAGGCUUUAAUUGUAAGCAUACAUGACAGUUCCAUAAAUAAAAGUGUGUAAUAUAAACUGUGACCUGUAAUAGCUUCUUACCGCUGUACUUUAUUUCUUUAUUUCUGUUUUUAAAUAUUGUAAUUUUCAAUCUUGAACAAUAAACUUUUUUCUUUUUUAAGUUUUA